AUGGUUACUGUGAGUAGCGAGUGGCAAGAAACAGCAAGUCCUUUCACAGAUGUUGUCACUACAAACCUGAAACUCGGCAAUCCUACAGACAGAAAUGUGUGCUUCAAAGUUAAGACCACAGCACCACGUAGAUACUGUGUAAGGCCUAACAGUGGAAUUAUCGAUGCAGGAACAUCAAUUAAUGUUUCUGUGAUGCUACAGCCUUUUGACUAUGACCCUAAUGAGAAAAGUAAACACAAGUUUAUGGUUCAGUCUAUGUUUGCUCCAGCUGAUACUUCAGAUAUGGAAGCAGUAUGGAAAGAAGCAAAACCUGAAGAACUCAUGGAUUCGAAACUUAGGUGUGUGUUUGAGCUACCAGCGGAAAAUGAUAAGCCUCAUGACAUAGAAAUAAAUAAAAUUGUAUCCACAACUGCAACAAAGACAGAUUCCUCUGUAAUGUCUAAAUCAAUAAGUUCUUCUUUGGAUGAUACUGAAGUUAAGAAAGUAAUGGAAGACUAUAAGAGGCUUCAAGUAGAAGUUCAGAGGUUACGAGAGGAGAAUAAACAGUUUAAGGAAGAAGAUGGACUGCGGAUGAGGAAGGCACCCCAGACAAACAACCCAAUAUCUGCUUCUGCAGCUGCUGUCAAGGACGAAGGGCUCAGCUCCAGACUACUUGCUUUGGUGGUUUUGUUCUUUGUCUUUGGUGUAAUUAUAGGAAAAAUAGCCUUGUAGAGGCAGCAUGCUGGAAAUUGUAAAUUGGUUUGAUGGUUCUGCCAUAUCAUUGGAUUAAAUUUAUUCAUAACAAUGUUUAAAAAAAAAAUUAAUGUAUGACAUCUCACAGGUCUUGCCUUUAAAUUACCCCUGCACAAAUACUAUGUAACAUAAUCUAGAAAGUUUAAAAUGUACAAUGAGUGAAUGAAUGAAAGAGAAUAUGCUUCAGUGAUGAAGGGGGGGAGAAAAUCAUGAUUUAACACUACCAUGGAAUAUUGUAUAUGUCAUUUUAAACAUUCUUAGACCCUGGUACAUGUUGCUGGAUUACCUCUUUUUAAAAAAAAAAAGGAAAAAAAAAAAGGAAAAAUAGAAAAAGUAUUCCUCCACUGCUGGAGCUGGCCCUAUUGGAUGUUUGGAGCUGGGUUAGGCAGGAGGUGUUGAUAACUUCUGUAAAAUACGUUAAUCCACCAUUCUGCUCAUAAAUUUAACAGUUUCUGUCAGUGUCUUCAACUCUGUGCAAGUUACCAAUUUCUUGGCACUUAAAUGAAUAGUGAGAAGCUGAAAAGAAUUGUAUGUGGCAAUGCUGAAUGUGCUAGGCAUCAUUAAGAGGCAUAUAUUGACUGGUAUGACACUCAUUUGGACUAAAGGUCAAUGCCUUGUUCUCAUAAAGGGACCAAGCUACAUUGCUGUUGGUUCAUUUAGUUGAAUUAAAAUGUUAUUCAGAGAUGUUUAAUGCAUAUUUAACUUAUUUAAUGUAUUUCAUCUCAUGUUUCCUUAUUGUCACAAAAUUGACUAAUACUAUAUGGUAUGAAAAGGCACCUGUUUAAAGCCAGUGACUAGAACUAAAAAUUUGCUGCUGUAGUGAUGCGAGAUUCUUCUGCCUCCUGGUGUUUUGGGCACUACACAAUUGUUGGGAGUUUUGAUCAUCUGAGCAUUGGAUAAACAGUGGUCAGGAAACUGUUUUUGUAUGUAAAUAAGUCUAUCUAGGGGAAAAAAUAUUAGUAGUAAACUAGUCCUAUGCCGUAAAAGACCAAUCCUGUUUGACUAUGUAGCAUCUUAAAAAAAAGAAAAAAAAAAAAGAAAAGAAAAAUUAAAUAAAGCCCCCAAAUUAAUGUUUCCUUUGUUACUUUUGUCAUGCUCUCACAGUUUUAGGGGGGGGGAGGAAACAGUAUUCUCUGUCAACUUAGUUUGUUUAUGGCAUAAGGAAACUUGCAGCCUUGUUUCAGGGUGAAUUUUUUUUUCCCAGUCUAAUUUUAAAAUCAAUCCGAACAACCCCAUCGUGAGCCUGAUAUACAUAAGUGUUGUUCCGAGUAACCAUGCUGACUGCUGAGGUACAAGGUAAUUUCCCGUUUUUCAGUUUAGUUGGGUUCAGUAGUUAAGACGCUUGAUAGCAUGUUGAAAGUAAGGUUAAGGUAAUUUUGUUUCUAAGCAUACUUUUAGUACAAAAUACAUAAACUGAAUGCGUUUUAACAUGUUGAACUUCAUGAAAUAGCUUUUGAGCAGGUAAAUUCCCAUAUAUUCUUAGAUGGUAGGUCCAAAAACCAUCGGUGGUAACAGUUUUUGUAACACCUUUCAGGAUUAAGAUAUGUCUUUUAAAAGUGACUUCUUUCAUUCCUUUAUUAUUCCUGUGAUUUCUUGAGAAAGCUGUUGGGGCUGCAGCCUAUUACACUCGUUGACCUUUGUAUUUGUUCCACUUGUGUCUCAAGGAUUUCCUGCUUUGCAAGUGCAAAUAAGUCAAAUUUUAUGUGAGGUUUAAUAAGAAAAUAGGAGGAAAAAAUCUUAACUGGUGUGUUCAGCUUAUGAACACAACUCUGGAAGUACUUCUGGAAGAUUCAACAGAAAUGAGAAGUGUAUCUUUAGCAUUUCAAAAUGCUAGUGCCUUGUCUGCUCAGGAUGGAAGUGACAAAGCUAUUAAAGUAUGCCUGUAAAGGGCAGAGAAGAUGAGAUGAGCUGGAAAGAACGAAGCAGUGAGUUCAGUGUGACAAAUUGGGCGGAACUGAUCAAGAAAAAGAUACUUUCUGGGCAGUAGAAGCUAAAGAAAACUUAUACUUGAAACAUUUUAAAAACCUUUUCACAAAGACAAGGUUGUAAGUGAUGUUGCAAAAUUAGUUUUCAUGGCUUCGAAGAAUAUAAUUGAGAACACCUUUACUGAAGGGAGACUGAGCUAUGCAGUAUUUUUUUUAAGAGGCUGUAAAUAUCUUGAUCUCACUAAAAAUGUGUUAUCAGAAGAGCUGAAUUCCUAAUUUGCUUUAAAAAAAAAAUUAACUUUUUUGACAGCCCCUUUGUUCUGUUGAAAAACAGCCUCAAAGUUUGGUUUUAAAAAAAAAUAAAAAUCGCUGUCUUUGCAGGGUAAAGGGGGAGGAUCGAAGCUUUAAAUUGUGAGUAUAUCUGUAAUAAUGUUCCAGGCAAAUUUUACACACAGUUAGCUACCACAGUUGACUUUGCUGGCACAGGCAGCUCCCAGGUGAAGGUGAAAGCCAGCAGAAUGUCUGUCCUCCUUCCAGUGUUCAGUUGUCACUUCUUAGUGAUCUGUGACAACUUGGAACUUUAAAUUAUUUGUGAGCAAAGUUGUUCCUGUUGUUUGCACUCCAGGAUUAUGAAGAGGUCCCAGAAAACACUCUCAUGCUUUGCUAGAUGCCUUACAAAUGCGUGAUCAAGGAGACCAACAAACAGAGGACUGUAGUUAGUUAAGGAUCUGUUGGUAAUGACUGUAGCCUGCAGCUGGGGCCGGCCCACACCAUCAGUCCUGAACAAGGCUGUUAAAUUAACUGCUUACAUUUUGGAACUUAACAAAAUUCUGAGGUAUCUCCUAACCAUUUCUGAGAAGAGCAGGAACAGAGGGUAGCGCUCAAUUGUCUGGGUAAUGCUUUGCUUUUGCUGAGCUUACAAUAAAAUGACUGAUCAGUGGAAUCCUUAUUACCUGUCUAUUUGACCGGACCCUUCUUUCAUAUGCAGUAGAAAGAAAUCUAAGAAUGUUUUUUCUUCCAAGGUUCCAAAAAGGCCAGUCUGUAGAUACGUUGCAAAAAUAUAUUGGAUAGAUGUUCUUAAGCCGCGUGGAUCUUUUGUAAGUUGUUCCUUACAUGAUGACACCAGAGCAAAUGUUUUCAUGAAGUAUUCAUAGAAAGUGAAUUAUUCUGGAGGGCAUUGUAUAUCUUAGGAAGUUAUGCAUGAAACAUAGAGUUUCUAAAUAAGAUUGUCUGGUGUCCUUGCACAACACCAGAUAUUAGAAAACUGUAAUUCAUACAUGAUAGUAGAAAUCAAGUUAUUACUUAACCUAAUUAUUGUCCUUACUGUUAUUUUAAGAUGCCCGCUUGCAUAUACAUUUAUUGUUAAUUUUUGUAAGAGCCAGUAGAGGCUGCUUAGGUAGUCUUCAUUUUGCGGAGCUUUACACUCCUGUCUGCACUCUUUGGGCAAAUUUGGUAUGAAUAGAUAUCUAAAAUGUCUUGAAGCCUAGUACUGGGAAAUGAAUGCAAAAUGGUUUCUACUAUUUUCGUGUAGUUAUCCACAUCUUAAAGCAAAUACUCCAUGCAUGAAUGAUGAUAACUAUUGCUCUGCCCUGGCAGUUGUCAGCUGUGAAUGCACAACUGGAACAAUUGCAUAUGCAAGCUAGGCACCCAGUUUCAAGUUACUGUUGAAUAGCCUUGGGGAUUGAAGAGCAAGAUAAUACCACGUGUGUCAUGUUGAGAGGGAUUGAUGUACCAUGAUGUAAUUUUCUAAAAAUACAGGAUUGUAAUAGCUUGAUAGUGGUAUUCCAUGUUACUUUUUUGUCCUGAAAUGCUGUUAGUGGGAUAAAGUUGGAACCUCACUUUGCAAAUCACUAGAGUUUCUUCUCACCAAUAAACUAUAAAGGGUUUCUAUUCACUGCACAUGUAAACUUGCAAUUCUUAUUAUAAUCUUGACUUAGCAGUCAGCAUAUUUACAUAGCGGUGUGCACGCAAAAAUGGAUUGUUAGUGUCUUAAGACACUUGAUGUUGCAGGUGCCUAAUGAAAGAAAACUGUCAUCCCUUUUCCUUAGAAAAUAUGUAUGACACUUUCAUCUGUUAAUUGGAACGCUUCCUUAAUUCUUGGGCACAAUAGUGACUUCACUGUAGUGUUCUAAGUUUUUGAAACUAUGUUUUUGUUGCUCUACACAAUGUCCUGAAAUGCCAUAUCCUGAGUCCUGUUUUCUAUAUAAAGUAACUGAGAAAAAAGCACAACCAAAAAUCCCUGUUUGAAAUUAAAGAACUUGUAAAACAAGCACUCUGAACUUCAUGUUUGUUGUGGCUGUGUUACAGCUGCAAUAGUACUUCACAGCAGCACUAGAGCAGCUUGGGGUUGGAGAGCCACUUUUUCAUUGUUUGAAAAUGGGUUAGCGUCCGUUACUCAAAUCCUCAAGUGAGCAAGUUGAGAAGGGACAGGUGGUGAGUGAAUUUCAGUGUACAUACUUGAGAUUUUUUUUUUUGAGUCAGAAACACUAAUAUAAAAAGAAGAAAGUAAUCUGUACAGGAGUGAGAUUAGUUCAAUACCAUAUGUGGAAGCUACUAUUCUUUGUAAUCAGAUACAUGUCUACAAAUUUAAUUUACCAAUUAGAAAAUAUUUGUAUAAACCAAUGUUUAGGCAUUUUAUAAAGAAAAGCAGCUACUGGGCAAGGCUGCUUGCUCAUACAGUGAAACCUAGCAGUUCUCUAGAUACACUUCAUUAAAAGAUGACAAUGGGAUACAAUGCUAGUAUAAAUCAUCUGUUACAGUUAGAUAAAUAGUGGGAUUUAUUGUUGAAGCAGGGCAAUGCUGAUCCUUCGACCAUGUCCAAUUAAGAUUUCUUAUGCUGACAGCUUCAUGUAUACUGAAUCACUUUGUCUAAUGGGUGUCAGUGCAAAAGUGACGUUACUCAUUAUGCUGUUAUUAACUUUAUUUUGAUUAGCUUCAGAGGACAAAGUAAUUGUGUGUUUCCACUACUCAAAUGUGCCUAACUAUAGAAUUUGUUUGUUUUAUUAAUGGGUUGAUUUUUUUUUACUGGAUAAACGUAGAUUAUUUUUUAAAAUAACACAAGUAAGAGCCAGCCAGAAAUCUCCUACAUGUAAUAUUCUAAUAAGCAUGCACUUGCACGCUUCCAAAAUGACUAUAUACCUGUCAUUUACUCCGCCGUUUCCUGUGCCUUCAUUUCCUUUUACAGAACUGCUCUCACAUUUGUACUUUGAAGAGUAAAACUUUUAAAAACUUUACUAAACUUCUAUGUAGAUCUUUUUGCCUCCCGGUCCAGGCCUAAGUUUGUCCUGAAGCUUCUCUGUGAGUGAAAACUACAAAAAGGAACACUGAGUCUACGAGUACAGAAAAGAGGCUGCUUUUCCUUGAAGCAAACUUGAACUUUGGAUCUUUCCUCCUAUGAUCUGUCAUUAGAAAAUGGCCUUUUCCAGAUGGCAAAACAAAAGAAGUUAAGAAAACAAAUGAAUUAAGAAGAAUUAAUUGAAGCCACAUACUACAAGGAGACAUUAUACAUCUGGCAUUUCUGUUUAUGUUUCUGCAUCAGUACAUUUCAUUCCUAUUUAGUAAGUUCCAAAUUUUGUGAUUUUUUUUUUUUUUUUUCAAGAUUCGAAGUGGUCAUGAAGAACUGAAGAACAGCCCGUGGUAACGUAUUGUUCCCAGUUUAGCUGUACUUCCUUUUUUUAAUAAAAUCUUUUUCUUCAGUGGGUAAACUCGCAAGAUUAGAAAAGCCUCUUGAACUCCCUCAUGUCUGAGUUGGCAAAAUUCCCAUGCACCAUUAUCCACACACAACUACUUUUAAGACCUUUAUUAAUGCUGUGCAAAAUCAAGCACUCAGAAGCUAGGAAAUGGCAAAACCAAGUUUGUGCACUGUUAGUUUGGCUGCUUUUUGUGAGUACGUUGCAGUAUCUGAUCAAGCCUUCAGUACCUGAUCAGUGAGCUAAGGCUGCCCAGAAGGUGUCUAAAACUGCCCAACUUUGUGUACCUGACCUUAUGUAAUCGUAAGGUCUCAAGAUAUGUAUAAUUAGGUUUUUAAAAGUUGAACUUAAGAAAUGGCAUCAUGGUAUUACGUGUAACCCACGUGUGUCACCCAUCCUUUAUGUUCGGCCUAUGGACACCCGUUCUUGACCUAAGCAUCCGAUGUAGCGGUGAGGAACUCUGAGCUGAAGCAGCAGGUUUUGUUUUCACAUUUCACUGGCAGGCCACACGCAAGUGCGAUUGGAGCCAGGAAUUUUUGCUUCAGUUCUGAGCCCAAAGGAGCGUUUCUGUGAAGGCUGCAGACUCUCCAGCCCAAUUGCUUCCCCAGUCUAUUCUGCCCAAGCUGUCACAUCUCGCUCCAUUCCCUCCCUCAGCCCUUUGGUUCAAGUCAUCCUUGUUCCUUCACUGCUCCUUAGCAAAGAAACUGAUGUUCAGCCCAGUGUCUUUAAAUGGCUUUUCUCCUCUGCUGCCUAUUUAUUUUCCAUCUCGGUCUCUUUCUUCCCAUCGCCCCUCCAGUCUUGCUCUUCCCUGACGGCCUGUCCCGCAGGCAGACUGACUGCAGACUGACUGCCUUCGGGCCCACGGGAGCGCUCUGUGGCUGCACCCAGGCUUCCUGGCAGAGCGCUCCCCUGGCAUCUCUAACUCUGGUCCCAGAUGCCUUUUCCCAUCCUAGGGAACCACUCACCUUUCUGCUUCCUCUUUGAUCAAACUCGUUCCUUCUUCCUCUUCACUCUACGGAUUUUGGAGCAAUGAGUCUUCUCUACCAUCUCCUUUCUGUCUCCAGCCUUUUUCUGCUGUUUCAAUGCAGCACAUUUAUUUAUAGUAAAUAGCAUGCUUUUAUAUUCAGUGUGGAUUGUUUUUCAAAUGAAGCACUAUCUCAAUGCUGUUAAUAUAUCCAGAAGUGUUUUAAAACUUUUUUGUGUGUGUUGUUUCAGUUUAAGAAUUGUUUGGGUAAUCUAGAAUGCAAAAUCCAUUCUAAGGUAUUCUAAAGAGGGGGGGCAUGAAGGUGGCUAAUUGGAAAAAUAACGUUACUGUUAAGUGAGCUGUGCAGAGGAGAUCAGACCUAUGACUAUGCUUGUCCGGCUUUAAAUUUUUGUGCCUGCUAGAGAAGCAAAAAAUCGCAAAGGCAACUUGUCUGAGUAGCAUAUGAUAUUAAAGAAGGUACAAAAGACUUUCAUGCUCAGACUUAGUGCAGGAAGCUCGUAAAUGUAUUCAGAGUGUUUGAAAACUAUUUUUCUCUGCUUUUUGGAGUGUUAAAAAAAUGAUUAAACUUUUGAGAAGUAUUACGUAAGAAGUGAAUGGGGAAGAGUUUUCCAAGACACGUGCCUGUUAUCAUUGACUUUCAGCUGGUACUAACCUGCCAGUGCAUCUGUUAGCCUGGUUUUUCUUCACAGGUAUAAUAAAAAGCUGUAUAUUUAUUUUACAGUUGAAAGGAAUCCAGUAGUCAGGACUGAUGUUUGUUGUCUAUGUCCUAGACCUGUUUUUCUAAUGCAGUGUUACACGUGAAACACAGUUAUUUGGUUUUGUCUCGUUUAUGUCAGAUAAAGAUAAAUGAGUCGCAGAACUAGAAGUUGGUGGUUACUGUGGGAUCCUGAUUACAUUCAAGUUAGGCGAUAUGCCACGCAAACUGCUAAUAAAGGUAAUUGGUGCUUCAAAAGGGCAUAGCUGAGCAAAUCUCGUAUCAAAUCUGGUAGUGAAGAAGAAAUUAGAUGGAAAACUGAAUUAGAAUUGGCAGUUUUCUAAGUGAAAGCUAUAAAAUGGCCAAAAACCCAACAAUUUUGCAAUUGAGAAGGGGGACAACUUUGGCUAACUGCCCAUCCUGUUUCAGUGAUGAAAUGAAGGGAAAAAUUAGAUGUAAAGCAAUACAAAACAAAUAAGAAAAAGGGAAGCUGACAGCAAUCAACUCAAAAUGAGAGUUACGAAGUGCAGAAAAUUAAUAAGGAAAGCAAUAGCCAAAGGAAAGGAAAAAUGUAUGGGUGGGAGUGCUUGGAGAGGGGGAGAGAGAGCUGAAGUUCAGAGGAAAUCUUUGCGGUAGGAUAAGGACCAUUACUAGAUGCAGGUGGUAAAACUGCUGGGGAUGAUGUAAGAGAACUGGAUGCCAUUCAUUAGCAGUGCUUAAUAUUAAAAAUCAACAUUUUAAAAUUCAGGUCUAGAAACCUUCUAUCGGUAUUUCUAAGGGACAUGCCUGGGGCAGUCUCUGACCUGCUGAUGAGAAGGAUGGCAGACAGGACAGGACGGCCCCGGCUGAAGUGCUUAACUAGCUUGAGGCCCCCAGGGAAGGCAUGAAAAAGGAGCUGAAUGUUAGUGAAGGAGCGUGAUGCAAGUCAUUUCAUUGUAUCUUUGGUUUUCGGUUUUCUUGGGGAUUAGAGUGAACUGAGUAUAUCUGGGCCCCUGCAAAACUUGGUGUUUUCUGACAGUCGGAGGCCCUUUAGAAGGUCGUUCAAAGAGAACCAUAAUGAAAUGGGGAUGCUCAUAGAAGGGUUCUGCUGGGACCCGAUAUGAUUUAGUGGUUCCAGGUCACUGGUGAAGAUAGGUAGAAAAUCACUACUGAUAAAAUGUUAACAUGACAAAAAUAUCCAUACCCAGGACGAGUGACUAAGAGCUCCACACGUGUUCCCAGUGCAGUCCCAGGGUGAAAGACUAAUGAGUAAGAAUGUGUUCUUGUUUUUAAUUACCGUUAGCAGUAAGUGAUUAUACUUCUGUAUGUCUCAGCUGUGAGAGUUGGGAAUUUUGGAUGCAAUUUGGAUAUUUACAUUUUAAAAGAGAAGCUGAGUAAUUGGAACGGAUGCAAAAAAAGAUCAAAAAUUACUGGUGGAGUGUGAAAAUGCCUCAGAGAGGGCGAGAGAGAAACUCAGUUGGCUGAGUUUAUCUACCAAAAUUGAGAAUGUCUUGAUUACAGUGCACAAGUACCUUCACGGGGAGAAAAUAUUGAACACUGCAGCUCUCUGAUCUUAAAAAGAGCAACACAACAAGAAUCACUGACUGGCAAUCAAAGCCAGGCAAAUUCAAAUUGGAAAAAGGCACAAAUUCUUAAGAGAGAAUAACUGUGUAAUUUAGGAAUGUUUCUCCAAAAACUGUGAACAGAACAAUAAACGUUAUGAUAUUUAUGCAAA